GGAGGGAAGCAGGCUAAAUCCUCACACCAUUAUUACCAGGACUCACAUGCAGCCCCUCCUGUGAUGGAAUGAGAGCAGAUAGAGAGAGAUAAAGAAAAGAUGGAGUUAAAGAGGGAACGGAAAGCAGGAUUACUGGUGUGACAGCACCGGCAGCGAGGGCGAGCGGGCGAGCGAGCGAGAGAGAGAGAGAGAGAAACUCUGCCACGGGAGGAAAUCAGUGCAACAGGAUGAAGACCUGCUAGUGCACAGCCGGCCGACCCACAGACCCGCCAUCUGUCCCAGCGCCUCCGUGCCGACAGCUGGAUCACCUCACACACAUGGGAGCGAGGGCGAGGAGGGGCCAGCACCGAAUCCCACCCUCCCCUCACCGGAUCACACAGGACGGCACCAGCCGGCACCCGCACCACAGGAGGCGAAAAAGUUAGUGUCCCAGGACGCGGCCGCUGCCCGUCCCAUGGAUGCGCUGAGCCCGGUGCCUCAGAGCCGGCAGCCGGAGGAGGCAGCGCGGGGGAGAGCGGGGGAGGAACGCGCGCUCGCGCUCCUGCGCUGAGGAGCCGCCUCACCCCCUCCUCACCCAUCCAGCGGGAGGCAGCGGGAGGCUGCGGGAUGCAGGCGCUGCCGGGCUGAGGCGCCGCCUCCGCUCGGGUCCCGUCCUCACCUCCACCGCAGACGCCACGAAGAAGAAGGGGGUGAGAGACGGGUGAGGAGAGGGAGUCCGAGACGUCACGCACGCCGGCUGUCACGCUGGCGACUCCAGAUGCCCGUUCCUACAGGUGCUGAGAGCAGAGCGGCAGGUGACAGCGGGAGCGGCAUGGAGCAGCGCGCACGCAGGCAGUAGGCUGCCGACAUGGCCGUUCCCAGCGCAUCUCCUCCUUCCUCUCCUUGGCCUCCUCUCCUCCUCCUCCUCCUCCUCGCGUGCCCCCUGCAGGCCCGCCCGCUCCUCAUCCACCCGUCCAUCAACGUGGCGGUGGUGUUCAGCGGCUCCAGCUACCAGAGCGAGAUCCGAGGCCACCUCAGCGGGGAAAACUUCGUGGACCUGCCGGUGGUGGUGAGCCCGGUGACGGUGCUGGUCAAUGACACCAACCCGCGCGACCUGCUCACGCGCCUCUGUGACACCAUGGCCAUGGAGAAGCUGCACGGCGUGGUGUUCGAAGACGACGUGGGCUCCGACGCCGACACUCAGGUGGCAGAAGUGGCUCAGAUCCUGGACUUCGUCUCCACUCAAACGGCUCUGCCGAUCGUGGGCAUCAGCGGCGGCUCGGCCGUUGUCAUCCCGUACAAGGCUGAUGGAUCGUUCUUCCUACAGAUGGGAGCGUCACUAGAGCAGCAGAUUCUCUGCAUGUUUAAGCUAAUGGAGGAGUACGACUGGGGCGAGUUUGCGGUGAUCACCAGUUUGCUGCCGGGCUACGACACCUUCGUGGACAUCGUCGAGUCCUACACGGACACGUCCUACUUCCUGUGGAAUCUACAGGACGUUUUGUCAAUGGAAAUGUCUGUUGGGGCCAAUGAUGUGAGGACCAGACGGAUGCUGCAGCAGGUGGACUCUCGGGUCCUGCUGGCGUACUGCUCCCAUGAGGAGGCCCAGUACUUGUUCAGUCAGGCUGCUGAGGUAGGCCUGCUGGGCCCGGGCUACAUCUGGAUCCUUCCCAGCCUGGCCGUGGGCAACCCUGACAGUCCUCCACCUGUCAGCUUCCCCAUCGGCGUCAUCGGCGUCAUCACGGACCAGUGGAAGAAGAGUCUGCGGCAGCGCGUGCGUGAGGGCGUGGCCGUCAUAGCCAAAGGCGCCGCCGGCUUUAAGAAGCGCUACGGUUUCAUCCCCGAGGGACACGGCGACUGCAGCAAGCCGGCCAAAAGCUCAGACAACAAUACUCUUUUCAGACACAUGUUGAAUGUGACGUGGGAAAGCAAAGACCUGUCGUUCAACAGCCAAGGCUUCCUCUCCAACCCCUCCAUGAUCAUCUUCACUCUGGAUCGGGAGCGACUCUGGGAAAAUGUGGGCACAUACAUUCGGGGAAGACUCUACGUCCGCCACCCGGUGUGGCCUCGGUACAGCAGCUCCCCGGAGCACGUGUCUGACGACCGGCACCUGAAGGUGGCCACGCUGGAGGAGCAUCCCUUCGUCAUGGUGGAGAAGGUGGACCCAGAGACCGGCACGUGUGUCCCCAACACGGUGCCCUGCCGGCGUCAGAUCAAUGACUCUGACAGCAGCUUCUUUGGAGAGUCCUACACCAAACUCUGCUGCAAGGGCUUCUGCAUCGAUAUCCUGAAGAAGCUGUCCCGCACCAUCAAGUUCUCCUACGACCUGUACUUGGUCACCAACGGGAAGCACGGCAAGCUGGUCCGUGGGAUUUGGAAUGGCAUGAUUGGAGAGGUUGUGUACGGACGAGCGCACAUGGCCAUCGGCUCCCUCACCAUCAACGAAGAGCGCUCCGAAAUCAUCGACUUCUCUGUGCCAUUCGUUGAAACCAUUGAAACGGGCAUUAGCGUCAUGGUCGCCCGCAGCAACGGUACAGUUUCCCCAUCUGCCUUCCUCGAGCCCUACAGCCCAGCGGUGUGGGUCAUGAUGUUUGUGAUGUGCCUGACGGUGGUGGCCGUGACGGUGUUCGUGUUCGAGUACUUCAGUCCCGUCGGAUACAACCGCAGCCUGGUCAGCGCCAAAGCCCCCGGUGGUCCAACGUUCACCAUCGGGAAGUCUGUGUGGCUCCUGUGGGGCAUCGUCUUCAACAACUCGGUCCCCAUUGAAAACCCCAAAGGAACCACCAGUAAGAUCAUGGUUCUGGUGUGGGCCUUCUUCGCUGUGAUCUUCCUGGCGUCGUACACCGCCAACCUGGCCGCCUUCAUGAUCCAGGAGCAAUACAUCGACACGGUGUCUGGGCUGUCGGACAAGAAGUUCCAGAAGCCACAGGAGCAUUACCCUCCUUUUCGCUUCGGCACCGUCCCGAACGGAAGCACGGAGAGGAACAUCCGCAGCAACUACCCCGACAUGCAUACGCACAUGAUGAAAUACAACCAGAAGACGGUGGAAGGCGCCCUGGACAGCCUUAAGACCAGUAAGCUGGACGCCUUCAUCUACGACGCCGCUGUUUUGAACUACAUGGCCGGGAAGGACGAGGGCUGCAAGCUGGUGACCAUCGGCAGCGGGAAGGUGUUCGCCACCACGGGAUACGGCAUCGCUCUGCAGAAGGACUCCCGCUGGAAGCGCCUCAUCGAUCUGGCUCUGCUGCAGUUCCUUGGAGAUGGAGACACCCAGCGUCUGGAGACCGUGUGGCUGUCGGGCAUCUGCCAGAACGAGAAGAACGAGGUGAUGAGCAGCAAGCUGGACAUCGACAACAUGGCGGGCGUCUUCUACAUGCUGCUGGUGGCCAUGGGCCUCAGCCUGCUGGUCUUCGCCUGGGAACACCUGCUCUACUGGAAGCUGCGCCACUCGCUGCACAAGUCCCACAAACUCGACUUCCUGUUGGCCAUCAGCAGGGGUAUUUACAGCUGUUUCAACGGCGUGGAGGACCCCGGACGCUCCUCUGGUUUGGCCAAACCUGACCUGACCUCCAACUACGCCCAAGCCAACAUGCUGAAGAUGCUUCGCACCGCCAAGGACCUGGUCUCCACCGCCAACGUGGAGAGCUCCCUGGACAACGCCACCAAGACCAUCGAGCAGCUGAGCCGCCACGGCGGCAGCCUCCCGGUGCGCGUGCCCCCGGUGUCCACGGAGGCCGUGCCCGGGGGGUUCGCCUACAUCACCGAGAACCACUCGGCGCUGCCGCAGCGCUCCAUGACCCCCCCGCUGAUGGCCGUGAACUCUCUGAAGCAGCAGAGGGGCGUGGCCAGGCCCACGCCGCUGCGCUACACGCUGCCCGCCCGCUCCGCCCCCUGUCUGUACGACCGGCCCCUCCCCGUGUCCAGCCUCAGCAGCCCUCACCUGGCCGUGGGCGAGCCGCUUCCUCACCAGCACCCGCACCACUACCAGACCACGGGCCGGCUCUACGUGGACGCGUACCCGCACUCCCCGUUCAUCCCCUACGCCGACCUCCAGCUCCCUGACAUCUACGCCUCCCAUCCGGUCUCCUCGCCUCAAGGCCAUCACGUCCCAGCAGGUUUGUCACGACGGAAAAGAAGGUCCAGGAGCUUCCACUGCGAGGAGGACGUGGAGGGGAGGAAACCAAGGGACCAGGACAUGAGUGAGAAAGGCCCCGUGUCUCUGAGCGAGCUCAAAGCAAACCACCUCCAGGAAAACCACAUCUCCGCCCCCAGCGUUGACAACAUCUACUCAGGGGAGACCAUGUGCCCGAGGGUGGAGAACUACGGCUCGUGGCCCCCAGAGGACCUGGUGCUCAGGGGCAGGAGAAGGCACCGCCGGCCCUCGUUCCUGAAAGCCACCUGGGGCAGCGAGCAGAUCCGCCCGCUGGAUGAGUCGCAGUCGUCGCUGUCCAGCCAGUCACCGUCCACCCUGCCGGACCUGUUCCCCUGCCUCCUUACACAGACCACGGCGGCCAAGCCCUGCAACCCUGCCCACCUCAGAAACAACCUGUGCCUCCCCAGGAACCAGGCCUACCUCCACAUAAGGGAGGACCAGAGGAGGCCCAACGGGCGGAAGGGCCAGAAGCUGCGCUACUCGCAGUCCACCCACCUGCCCACGUACGGCGAGGCGGUGCGACACGGGGCAGGCCUGGGCCGAGGCAUGGUGCGCAGGGCCACCAGCCUGCUCAGCAGACAGUACGCCCAUUAUCUGAAUUCCUACCCCGGACUCCCCCUCUACCACGGCCCUCUGGACCUGCAGCACCACAACCAGGCCCCCGGCUGCCACCUGAACCCCAGCCCGGUGUGCCAGCUGCUGGCCUGUGGUGGGGGGCGAUGCGGAGCCCAGAGGGCCCUGUUGUACCAGGACAGCGUGUACGGGGCCUACGGGGUCUACCAGGGCUCCCAGUCUGGAUCGGAGGCUCAGGCCGCUCAGGGAGCGGGCGGUCCGCCGGGGGCCAGCCCCUGCGCUCCUCGGCCCUGGCGACGGGUGUCCAGUCUGGAGUCUGAGGUUUGAGUGUGAAUCAAGGGGACCUGAAGCUAGACCAGAUGUGGACAGGACCGCUGUAGGUGUAGUGCUUUUAUCGUAUUGAAGAGUUGUUCUGACUUGAAGUAAUUUUUGAUGUGACAGUGUGUUGGAAAGCAAAGUCUGCAAAGUUUACAGAGUUGUCGGAUGUUCUCCAGCUGUGAUUUAUCACGUGCUGCUUUCCUAUGACGCUUCUGUGUUUUCUGUGCUUUAAUGUGCACUAAGAUUUACAACAGUCCACGUGUUGGCACAUUGGUUGAACAUAAGCAGAGUUUUCAUACUGUGUUUGUCGUGUUUGGGAUUGUGUCAAGUAGAUGAGCAGGCGAGGAGCCGUGGACCAGGACGGGACACCGCCACCAAAAACAAGCCGCCACUGUAGCACGAGGUUCCGACACAGCUGCCACACGUGAAGACUUUAAUUCCAACAUGAGAUCACACAAGCAUUUAGCCUCCAGACACACGAGACGCAGUUUUCUAGGUUCAAACACAGUAUCAGUGGAUGACUUUCAGGUAACUUUAGACAUUGUCUUUUGGAGCUAAACCCUUCACAUGUUGCUUCGGUGACGAGUUGAGGAGGCAGAGACUUUGUGAAAGCAGUCCAUUUGAACACAACCUGCUCAGUGAACGUAGUGGGACAGCGUCGACCAGCACAAGGUGUCUUAAACCAUGGACUCGCUCCUCACUGGGCCUCAGAGGCCCCAGAGCAGCACAACAUCACACAGGGCCUCGGUAAACAUGUAUUCUAAGUACUGCUGUAUAUCAGUAUAGACAAACGUGAUGUGAGGCUGUUCGUGUCAUAUUCAUGUAUUCUACUUAUGAUAGGAAUUUAUAGUCACUCUUAACAUUUUCUAAUCACACUUAUGGCACAUUCUGAGUUUUCUUUUUGUAAAGCUGUUGCUGAUUUGUCGUAUUAUUUAUUAUUGUAUUAUCUAUCAGUUCACUUACAGUAAGAUACUCAUCAUUCUCUCUUUUAUAUUCCCUCUUUUCCUGCAUCUCCUCUAACGUUUAAUGAUCAAAUUUAAAUGAGGUAAUUGAAAACUAUUCUAGUAUCUAUAUUACCUGGCUCCCUCACCGUGUAAUUAAUCACUUAGACUAAUUAAAGAGCCUUUUGAAUUUUC